GGUUCUUCAAACUCUUCAGAUGUAAAGUGUCGUAAACAAGACAAGAGCUUUUCGGCAGCGCGUUCACCUACCGGAAAGGGGCGAAGGGUGGGGAAUCGCCCAUGUGGCGGGUUCUUCGUACUCAAACAUAAUGGCCCGUGGUAGACCGCAGCUUGUUAAAUGUUCUAAACACGGACCGGAAUUGUGUCUUUUUGGAUAUACAAAGCACUUGCCCUCUUUGCAGACGUGUAAGAAUGUCAAUGAGGGCGGUAUUUAAAGUAUUAAGUUGCUGACAGCAUUUCGGAUCCGACAGCUUGUGGACUUGUUUGCGGCGAGUAAUCUAUUGUGUUGGAAAUAGGAGCAUCCUCUGUGUGGCCUUAUCAGAUGUCGAAGUCCACCGCUGAGUCACUCACCCUGCUAAUAUAACGGACACGUUUCUCGCCCAAGCACAGUGAACCAGCAUUGUGCAACAUGUGGAAAAUAAAACAGUCAUUCUUCGAAAUGGUGCACAUUUUCGGCUGUCUGUAUUGAUCUGCCCCGAGUUUAUAGGAGACUACAAAAGUUUGUUACGGCUCUAAGAUGACGGCAUGAUGUGUGACUGGGCGUGGUGCCGCGUGCCAUUCUUGUUGCUGACUGUGGUCGUGUUCACAGUCACCCUGGGGUGCAAGGCGAUCGUAUAUAUGCAGUCUCGAUGCGGACAAACUGUGCGAUCACACGGCGAUAUCAUCUUUUCUCAGACGUCGCUUUACUAUCAACCCAAAACAGAGUGUUCGCUGACACUACUCGCUCCAGACAGCCGUCAGAAAAUCCGGCUAAAGUUUAUGGAGCUCGACAUUACGUCCGAGAAACCCUGCACAAUGAAUUUCUUGGAAGUUCGCGGUACAGCCUUAAUCCAUGGAACACGAGGAGGGCGUGUAUUUUGUGGGCGGGACCCUCCACAAGACGUAACGUCAACGCAGGCGUGGCUGGAGCUCAAGUUCAAAUCUGGCGGCACCCAACGCGGAAGAGGUUUCCGAAUGGUUUUCACAGCAAUUUACCAAGGGAUACCAUGCACCGAGCCCGGGAUGUUCCACUGCAUCAGCGGAGACUGUAUUUCUUCCCGACUGAGAUGCGACUCAGUGGAUCACUGCGGAGAUGGAUCGGACGAGGCGCAGACACCGUACGACACGUGCAAAGAUGAGACUGGAACCCUAUCCACCUAUGAUCUGAACCUUACCAGGACUCUGUUCAGCAUCUUGGGAGUUACAUUUUCUGUCCUAUCCCUGGGCGCUGUACUCUGGCAAAGCUCUGCUUACCUAUGGAAGAAGUGGCGGCGAUCUAAACCAUCCCAGGGGGAGCAAGCUUCAUUGAUGGAACACAGAUUUGAUGAUGCAAUUGACCCUGUCAGACAGACUGCCAAUGCGAACAUGCCUGAUGAAGAAACUUCCGAUCUAAGCAACUAUGCACAGAUAGGAAAUGGGUUUGACAGGGAGGGAGAACAGAGGAUGGAAGGGCCCCCGUAUAAGAACAAUAAUGUGCACAAGACUGUGGGAAGAUUUAUUGUGACGGACGUUCCUAGCAAGGAGGGCAUUCCAUGCAAAGCACCUGAGAUUGAUGAAAACAGUCACGGUGUUGCUGAUGAGGAUGAACAGAAAAGUGAAAAGGCAGCAAAAAUCCAAGAUAGGGUCAACAUUGGACGAUUCAGUGUACAGAAAAUCCAAAGUUCUACCAGCGACAUCAGUCGCUUGCCAUUGCCUAUGACUUCAAUUGCAAUCACAGACCCCACAAAGCAGGUCAAAAGGUCGCAGGUCGGUUUUCUCCUAAACACUGGGGAGAGCACCUUGGACAGGCGCACGUCAAAGGUCAAGUUUGUGUUCCAUGGCGACGGCGAGGGUUCGUCAAACGAUUCCUCCGCACCCGAUGCAUCCACAAAGGGACGUGGUUCCAUCCUGAAAAAGAACCCCAAGUACCCGGACCUCCAAAGCUAUGAGUCCAAACUCACACUGAGCUUGAAGAGUGACACCAGUUUCUCUGAUGAGGAAGACCUGACUCGGACGAGUGACAGAGACAGUGAAACGAGCGAUGACGAAGCUCCUCACGAGGAGGAUGUUUGAGAAACUACCACAGUAAACAGCUCUCAU